UGUUACAAUGGCGACCCCGGUAGGAGAAGAAGUUCAUCUGACCUCGUACCAGAUAGAUGAAUCAAACAGUAAUAAUGCCUCACCACCACCUUAUUCACAAAUACCAGGAACAGUGCCUAUACAUCAAGGAAGAGGGUCAGGCCCACCACCCUCCUAUGAUGAUGUUGUUAACCCUAAUGCUCCUCCACCCACCUAUCAAUCUUUGUUUGGUCAAGUUCGAGAAGCAAGGAAGAACUCAAGUGGAGUUGUGGACUUUAUUAGGAAGGUUAUAGUGCUCAUAUUAGGAACACUUGGAUGCACAGUGGUUAUUGGAAUAACUGUUGUUAUUCCUUUCUCAAUGAUUAUCAUUGGCUCUUCUUACAUUAAUGCUUGUCCAGCAGAAACCAAAAUUCCAAUAUACCUCAUUGUAGCUGGAGUAUUUGGUGUUUUGAAGAAUGCAUUAAAUUUUUGGUCAAGGUGUAGGAGGACUGAGGAAGAAGACCAACUUAAGCAGAAUCCACAAGAUACUAUUUUAAACUGUUUCCUUUUUGCUUGGUUCAUAGCAGGCUGCGUUUGGAUCUACAAAAUAUACGAACCUGAAUACGAUGAUGUCAGUAGUCCAUACUUCUGCAACAGGACUGUUUAUUUGUUUGCUUUUUGGCUGGUGACAUCUGUUUAUAUAAUCCUAGGUCUGUUGACUGGCUGUUUAUGCUGCCUAACUGUUUCUUCGGUCUUCUCUAGCCCUGAUUAAUAAAGGAAGCAGUAUGCUUUGUCCAUCGGGAAUGUCAACAGUCUGCUGGAAGCAGCACAAGAUGGACUUCAGAAAAUGUCUUGCCUUCCUUUGUUAUAUAUUUCUUCAGUCUCCAAGUAGUUGAGUCAGUUUUAUAUUCAUAACAUUUGUCAGUUUCUUCCAUUUAAUCAGUAAAUCUAAAUUUAUUUGUGUAAAUAGCCUACUAUGCACUAGUGAACAUAAAAGUCUGAUGAUGUGAGAGCAUGAUAAUCAUCUCAUGCAAGAAAAGCUUACUCUACUGUACUAAAAUCGGAUGUACUGUAUAUUGUGAUGCAGGUAGUUAAAUAAGGAUCUGUGUGAUGGUGUAAUGUUGUUGUUGCUCUUAAUUCAUUUUGGGAUAUUAUUGAAUUCUGAUUUAAAAGAUAAAUGAUAAUGCACUGCAAUUUCACGGUCAUAAGUCAUAACAUACAAAAUUUUAUGCUUAGAUUUUGGUAAAGUAUACUGUACUUUAGAUGUGUAAAUAUAGAAUGUUCAACCACUUUAUAUACCAGAGGGAGAAUAGUUUACAUUGGUAAUAUGUGUUAGUAAUAUAUUAGUCUUUGUCUGGAUUGGUUACUUUAAAUAUGUCAUUAUCUUUUGAAUGAUUUUUAUAAAUUUCAUUGUAAUCUUUGUUUUAAACACACAUUUAUAUAUACUUGAUACACACGUUGUGUAUGUUUGUGAAAGCCAGAAUUAAGAAAACUAAUGGUGUCUGGUGUAUUAAAAAGAAUUAAAACCAGGCAUAUUCUUUUUUGGCGAGUAUUCUGUACCUAAAACUUGAUAAAAUAAUGUUUCCUACGUAGAUCAUUUUGAAGUUUGUUGAGGGAAAUUUUGUUUGUAUACAUUUUUCCCUCUUGCAUGUAUAUAUUUGCUUGUUAAAGCAUGAUUUUUUUGGAUAUGUAAACAAGGUUAUAUUACAAAAAGUAAACAUUGUAAAUAUUGGCACAGUGUUUCAAUUUGAUUAUUUAACAAAACCAAUGAUUUUGAAAAAAUAAACAUUAAACAAACUUAAAGCUAAUUGUACAAAAUUUGAUUCAAACAAGCUUUUAACAUUUAACAUUUUUCGGUUGGACUGUCAUACAUG